CGGCACGCAUCCCGUGUCUCCUUAACGCAGUCAGCGCACUCCACUCUGCCCUACAUCGAGGAGCUCUUCCCAACGGCGCUGAGCAACUUGACGCUCAAGUCACGCGAAGCGACGAAUAUCCUGCAAUCGCGCUAUCAGCGGUGGAUCCCCACGCCUCUGCGCGCCAUUAGCGACAAUCGCGGCGAUGGGGUGACAUCCGAUACAGCCGUGUCCCAGCAGUGUGCAUGAAGAAUCAACAGGAGCGCUUUCACGUGCAGGACGCUGCCCGGUUUGAGCAGUACCUCCUUUCGACCGAGAAGCGGCACAGGGUGACCCUCUCCCCUCACGAGCUCGUGGUGGAUGUCUUAGCGCUCUCGAGCGACCACUAGGUCGGCGUGAUUCUGGCACUGGCCUAGCGCCGCGCUGAGGGUUGCCAUGAUCCGUGUGGUGGAGGCGCAGUGGGAGACGCAGGUGCGCAGUCUGCGGGUCACGACCCGCUUCGACAAGACGCUUGCGAUCUGCGAUGUCUCGGCCUCGAUGGGAUCGCUUGGUAUGCACUUCGGCAAAUUGGUCAUGUCCCACAUCCCGCCCGCAGUCGCGCUCUCCCUGCACGCCGCCCAGUUGUCCGACGGACGACGCGAUUGAAGCAGUGUGUUUGGCCAUGGCUCACGAUGUUCUGCAGAUCGCAUCCUGGACUGUGUCGAGCGGGGCCACUGUCGACGCGCUGGCGCAGCGGAGCGAAGUUGCGAUGAUGACCAGGUUCUUUCCCGUGAUGCUCAAGGUGCUUAUGGGUGAUGAUGAGGAAACGGACGUGGUUGAUGUUGUUGUGGAGGAUGGAUGUGCACACAAAUUUUCUCCGGUCUGGAGGUCGUUGACUUGAUGAUCAGAAGCUGCGCAGUGAGCCGCCCUUACCCCCGAUCCCUGCUCGGUGGUGGC